AAGUCUUUCUGACACGGGACCUUGUCUGGUGCUCCUGUCUCUGUGACUGUGAGAUUCGGAGAGUGUUAACAAUGUUCUGACUGGUGGUACUACGAGAUUCCUGAAGUCCAGUGUGUGUGUAUCCAGUCGACCCGGUUUGGACGUGUGUGCUUGCGUGGUCACAUCGUCCGUGUGUGUGUGAGUGAAGGGGCGGGGAUACGGACCAUGGGCCUCUGGCUCCAACCUUGUGUUGAUGAUACGACUGUAUGAGAGCAGCACGUUGUCUGGGAGGGAUUAAAGAUCUGGUUUUCACAAGUUUUAGAACGUCAUGCUGAUUCCCUCCACUCAUCCCGUCUGACGUCAUCAACAUGGCCGACCACAACGAGACCCACUGCGAGACGUGGUACCCAAGCAUUUCUAUUGAGCCUGGUGCCCUGUACUGUCCGCCGAAGCAUGACGGCAUCAUCUGCUGGCCAGCCACCAGGGCAAACACCACGGCCUACCGCCUCUGUAUAGACCUCCCCAGACACGAAGACGACCCGGUCAUUCCAGGCAACACACAAGCCCACGCUCACCGCACGUGUCUUCCAAGCGGCGAGUGGCUUCCCUACACCAACUACAGCGAGUGCCUGGAUGCUUACGCCAACUACAGCAUCACCACACAGCUCAGCACUCAGCCGCCGGAGCAGGACAUCACCAGACAGGCGGCUCGCACCUUGUCCAUGAUUAUUUUCAUCGGUAGCACCGUGUCUUUGGUGGUUCUUCUGCUGUCGCUGCUCAUCUUUCUCAAAUUCAA